GUGGCAGCAAUGUGGCAGCAAAGCAGGGUAGUGCUAUUUUUAUUUUGCACUCGGUAUUUUCGACCUUUGAUUGGGAGUUAUAACUGUUGCUUUAUUCGCUAUAACUGUCAAGCUAUCAUUAAUCAUUCCCAUGAUCUUAUUUCCUUCUUAUAAAUUGAUGUAGUGCAACGUUUCAAGGCACUUGUAUUGCAUAGACCUUUUGGCUGUGGUGCUAACUAGAAAAGUCUCUCAACUUUACCAGUGUCCUACUAUUUUCUUGUAACAUCACAAUACUUAAACAGUAAUAUUGAACUAUUAUCUAAACCUACAUGCUGUCUGUUCUUAUUUGUUCGUGUCCAAGUCUCAUUUAACUUAUAUUCAGAUUUUAAACGUGAUUUCUGUUCUAUUAACACUUAUUCGUACAUUUAAGCUGAACUAAAAAUAUAAAGCACUUACUUUAAGCUAAAAAUGAAGGUGGCCCUUGUUACGCUUUGCUUGGUGUUGGUGGCAGUUCAUCAGAGUGAUGCUAUUAUAAAAUGUGUACAGGGUGACGGGACGGAUACGACUCCUAAAGAUUGUGGCGCAAAUGACAUUAAAUGCCACCAGCCUAAGUUUGUUCAGUACACAGGGAUGUCAGCAGGUGUGACUUAUGGUUGUGGGGAAUGUGUCGCUAACACGGAUGCCACUUGUGAAGCCUGUACCGGAACAACAGUUGCUGCCUGUAACAUAAAGAAAGAAACAGGUGUAGAGUUCAAGUGUCACGACUAUGAACUGCUGGAAGAUGCAACUAAGCUCACACCCAAGAAAGAAUCAACCACCUGCCAAAGACUCAAAGCCACUACUAUCAUGUGCAACAUGCCAGGACCAUCUUCCGACAAAACUUACAAGUUGGCGAACAAGGGAUGUGGUCCAUGCAGUGCUGCGGACAAGACAGCAAAGACGUGUGUAGAGUGCGACACAGCUGAGUGCAACAGACCACCAAUCAUGUGCAUCCAAGGAUCAGAUGGUGCUGCUGCUCCUACAGUUUGUGCAACAGAAUCUGGAAAAGCUCCAGCCGCCAAGUGCCAUCAACCAAAGUUCAUUGAAUACACCGGAUUGGCAACCGGCCAGACCUACGGAUGUGGAGCUUGUGAUACCAAUAAUGCCAACUGCCAAGACUGCGAUGGAAACUCAAAGACUGCCUGCCAAAAGACCGCAGAGACAGCUGCAGACUUUAAGUGCUACGACUACGAGGUCAAGGACGAUAAACAGGUGAUGAAGGAGACAGCAGUUACCUGCAAAAGACUCAAAGAUACUGCCAUCAAAUGCCACAUGCCUGGAGAAUCUGCCGAUAAGACCUUCAAAGUUAAUCAAAGUGGAUGUGGACCAUGCACAGCUGAAGACCUUAAAGCUAAGAAAUGCGCGGAAUGUACGACUGCUGAGUGUAACAAGAUGUCCUCUGCUUCAACUCUCACCGCAUUCCUCGUACCCCUCCUUGCCACCCUCUAUACCCUCUUGUAAGAACAUGUUGGAAGUUGCUUUAACUUGGACAGAAAAAGAAACACUGAUUUAAUGUUAAGGGUCCUAUUUUCAGAGCUUUAUUUCCAGUAUUAUACAAACUUGAUUAUCUAUAAAAUACUCGGUAUAACAGGUUGUAAGGUUUGCAUUUUGCAUCAUAUUGACAUGGCAUAAAGUUUUUUUUUUAUCUGAGACUUGAUAUGAAAGAAUUUUAAUUAUUAUAAUGAUGUUAGUGACAAAGUAAAAUUGAAUUAAGGUUUUUAUGGAGUUGGUGGAUUUCUUUAGUUUAUAUCAAUUUUGAUAAAUUAUAUAAAAAAUCUAAGAAAAUCUCUUUCAAUUGUA